AUGCCGGGGACGACCAUCUCCGGCGUUCUCCUGCUCGCCUGCGUCGUCCUGGCCGUGCAGCUCUGUGUGUGCACGGAGCUACGCAAUAAUGGCAGCCGCGGCGACGAUGGGUUUAGCGUGGAGUUCAUCCACCGGGACUCCGUUCGGUCGCCGUUCCACGACCCAUCGCUCACCGCACACGGCCGUGUGCUUGCGGCGGCGCGGCGGUCCACGGCGCGCGCCCGGGUCAUCGACGACGGCACCAUGUCGGAGGUCGACCACAGGUCGUUCGAGUACCUGAUGGCCGUGGGCAUCGGCACUCCACCCACACGGAUGCUCGCCAUCGCCGACACCGGCAGCGACCUCGUCUGGUUCAACUGCCGGAACGGCACUGGCGCCGCCGCUGUGGACCGUCCUCCGAGCGUCGUCCUGUUCGACCCAGACAACUCGACGACGUUCGGCCUCGUGGGCUGCAAGUCCCGCGCAUGCCGCGCGAUCCCCGACGGCGCCACCUGCACCCUCGCCUCCAACUGCAAGUACAUCUACUCCUACGGCGACGGCUCUAGGACGAGCGGCCUCAUCUCCACCGAGACCUUCACCUUCGCCCACGUCCCCGGCACCGCCCGCGGCCAUCGGGGCCGGAGGAAGCGCGUGGCCACCGUGAACUUCGGCUGCUCCACUGCCACGGCUGGCACGUUCCAAGCGGACGGCGUGGUGGGCCUCGGAGGCGGCGCCCUCUCCCUCGUCACGCAGCUCGGCGCCCACAAAUCGCUCGGCGGUCGGAAAUUCUCCUACUGCCUCGUGCCCUACUCCGUGAACGCCUCCUCCGCGCUCAACUUCGGCGCCCGCGCCAUAGUGAAGGACACAGGCGCGGUGACGACACCGCUGAUCCCAUCCCUAGUGGACACGUACUACACCGUCGACCUCCAGUCCGUCAAGAUCGGGAACAUGACCAUCGCGUCGCCGCACGGGCACCAGGACGUCAUCGUCGACUCCGGCACCACGCUGACAUUCCUCAACAAGGCGCUGCUGGACCCAAUGGUGAAGGAGCUGAGCCGCCGGAUCAAGCUCCCGCGGGCGCCAUCGCCCGACAAGCUCCUGACGCUGUGCUUCGACGUGAGCAGGGUAGGGGAGCGGCGGGCGAAGGCGAUGGUCCCUGACGUGACGCUGGGGCUGGGCGGCGGCGCGGUGGUCACGCUCAAUGCGGAGAACACCUUCGUGGUUGUGGAGGAGGGCACCAUGUGCUUGGCGGUGUCGGCGGUGCCGGAGCGGUUACCGGCGUCGAUCCUCGGGAACAUCGCGCAGCAGAACAUGCACGUCGGGUACGACCUCGACAAGCGCACCGUGACCUUCGCCGCGGCAAACUGCGCAGCGUCAUAUCAUGUUCCUAUCCAUCCCCCUCCGCCUAUGUAA